CUCUCCCGGGCAGGGGGCGGGGCGGCGUUUCCCGGAUUCUCCUGCGGUAGGGGCUUCUAAGCGGGCAGAGCUUGCUAUGUGGCAGCAGGCUUGCACUCUCUACGUGCAGGCUGUGAAGACCAGCAGGCUUUUCCGUCCUCGGAACAGGCCCGCCGCCCUCAUGUCCACCCUGCUGAUCAAUAAUCCCCAGUACGCUUGGCUGCAGGACCUGGGGCUCCGCGAGGAAAACGACGGCGUGUACAACGGAAGAUGGGGUGGCCGCGGAGAGGUAAUUACGACUUAUUGUCCUGCUAACAAUGAACCAAUAGCAAGAGUCCGGCAGGCCAGUAUGGACGACUAUCAUGAAACCAUAAAGGAAGCCAAGGAAGCUUGGAAAAUUUGGGCAGAUAUUCCUGCCCCAAAGCGAGGAGAAGUAGUCAGAAAGAUUGGCUUUGCCUUGCGGGAGAAGAUCCGAGAACUGGGAAAGCUGGUGUCUUUGGAGAUGGGCAAAAUCUUAGUGGAAGGAGUAGGAGAAGUUCAGGAGUACGUGGACAUUUGUGAUUACGCUGCUGGCUUGUCCAGGAUGAUCGGGGGACCCAUCCUGCCUUCUGAAAGGCCUGGCCACGCUCUCAUUGAACAGUGGAAUCCGUUGGGCCUGGUGGGAAUCAUCACUGCCUUCAACUUCCCCGUGGCCGUGUUUGGCUGGAACAAUGCCAUAGCGCUGAUCACUGGGAACGUGUGUCUUUGGAAAGGAGCACCAACAACUUCCCUUGUUAGUGUAGCUGUCACAAAGAUCAUAGCCAAGGUUUUGGAGGACAGCCUGCUGCCUGGUGCCAUUUGUUCCCUGACUUGUGGUGGAGCAGAUAUCGGUACAGCAAUGGCCAAAGAUGAGCGUGUGAACCUGCUGUCCUUCACGGGGAGCACGCAGGUGGGAAAGCAGGUGGCCCUGAUGGUGCAGGAGAGGUUCGGGAGAAGCCUGUUGGAGCUUGGAGGCAACAAUGCCAUUAUUGCUUUUGAGGAUGCAGACCUCAGCUUGGUUCUUCCGUCAGCUCUGUUUGCUGCUGUGGGAACAGCUGGCCAAAGGUGUACGAGCGUGAGGCGGCUGUUUUUGCAUGAAAGCAUCCAUAAGGAAGUUGUAGAAAGACUGAAAAGCGCCUACUCACAGAUCCGUGUUGGGAACCCCUGGGACCCAAACAUUCUCUAUGGACCACUCCAUACCAAACAGGCAGUGAAUUUAUUUCUUGAAGCCGUGGAGGAAGUGAAGAAAGAAGGAGGCACAGUGGCCUAUGGGGGCAAGGUUAUGGAUCACCCUGGCAAUUACGUGGAGCCCACCAUUGUGACUGGUCUUGCCCACGAUGCGCCCAUUGUGCACAAGGAGACUUUUGCCCCAAUUCUCUACAUCUUCAAAUUCAAGAAUGAAGAAGAGGUCUUUGCCUGGAAUAAUGAAGUGAAGCAGGGACUUUCGAGCAGUAUCUUUACCAAGGAUUUGGGCAGAAUUUUCCGCUGGCUUGGACCUAAAGGUUCGGACUGUGGCAUUGUGAACGUUAACAUUCCUACCAGCGGAGCUGAGAUUGGUGGUGCAUUUGGAGGAGAGAAGCACACCGGCGGUGGCAGGGAGUCGGGCAGUGAUGCCUGGAAGCAGUACAUGCGAAGAUCCACGUGUACCAUCAACUACAGCAAGUCCCUUCCUCUGGCUCAAGGAAUCAAGUUUCAGUGAUGUCGCUUCUAUCAGGUGUCACUUAGCCAUUCCUGCGGCUGCUCUGAAGAAGCCCAAGAAAACCUCGGUUUGCCCUGAAUAAAUGAUCGUUUUGCAUACAA